AGGCCGACGACCGAAACCUCCCUGCCGGUCGGGGUCGCUGUUUCACGGCUAUCGUGCUCCCCGUUCCCUCGCAUCCACCAAACCUCCGCGAAAAGGCUGAAGGUUGAGCGAGGCAGAACACAACCGCGCGAAGAGCGCAGACCUGGCUCUGCAAGCCGUGAAAGAAGAGACCGACUACGCCCCUCUGAGGCGGUUGCCAUAGCGGCUUCCCAGUCCCUGAAUUGACCCCCGCCAAGGUCCUCCUCCUCCUCCUCCUCCUCCUCCGCCUCGGCAGAGACGUCAGACGGCGGAAUUGCCGCACACACGCGGACACAGAGGAGCAAAGCCGUCGGAAAAAGUUGGCGUUUACUCAGUGACGAGACAAAAUGCGGCGCGGUCGUGUCGAGACUAAACGUCAAGGUCAGAAUCCGAGACGCGACGACGACGACGCCGCCGCCUUGCGAGCGACUUUGCCUGGAAGGGGACGGAGAGGCGCGGAGGGGGAUGCCACUGCGUGUCGUUGUCUCCGGCAUCAACAGUGACACCUUUCCUCGGAGAGGACAUCCGCGCUCGCUGCUAAGUCACGCCGACAAACUUGUUCAAAAGGCCGGAAAAGAGCGACUUGUUCCGACUUUUGACAUUGCGUCCGCCUAUUGUAUUAUGAGCCUCCUUCAAUUAUCGUGACGUUUCCUGCUUCCUCCCUGCCACGGCCCUCGGCUGCUCACCUGGCUAGCCAAGACGCUCCACACCGGCUAGCUAACCGAAUAAACCUCCCCGUGGUUCCAAAGUCUUCGAAACAGUUGCACGAUUGCAGUGAAGUUCGAACCGACAAAGGGUCCAACUUCGUUCAACUUCAAACACGCUUCAACACCUCCACUACCACCCCUGAAAGAUGUCUCCCAGGAGAGGCUUUCGUCACCCGGGCAGCUUCGGUAGCAGCUUGCCGGAGCGGGGGCUUCUCUUGCUGGUGCUCAUCGUGCUCCUGCAGGGCUCCCUGCUGCCCUUCGGAGCCGCCAGCUCCCCGGACGUGGGCCACCGAGACGAGGCAGACGUCCACGCCGAAGCGGAAGAGAAGCACAACUUCACCAAAAAGCCCUUCCCGGUACUCAGCUUUGAGUACAAACACAUCCAGGUCCCCUUCGAGAUCUCCUUGUGGGUCCUUCUGGCUUCCCUGAUGAAACUGGGGUUUCACCUCAUCCCUCGCCUGCCCGGGAUUGUGCCCGAAAGCUGCCUACUGAUCCUGGUGGGCCUUUUGGUGGGCGGGCUCAUCAAACUGGCCGGCCAGAAGGUGCCACCGGUGCUGGACUCCAACUUGUUCUUCUUCUGCCUGCUGCCGCCCAUCAUCCUGGAUGCUGGGUACUUUUUGCCCAUCCGCCCCUUCAUGGAGAACCUGGGCACCAUUCUGAUGUUUGCUGUGGUGGGCACGCUGUGGAACGCCUUCUUCAUCGGCGGGCUGCUGUACGCCGUAUGCCAGAUCCAGCCCAACAAUCCGUCGGACCUGCACUCGCUGGAGCUGCUGCCCUGCCUUCUCUUCGGCUCCAUCAUUUCCGCCGUGGACCCCGUAGCCGUGCUGGCCGUCUUUGAGGAGAUUCACAUCAACGAGCUGCUGCACAUUCUGGUGUUUGGCGAGUCGCUGCUCAACGACGCCGUCACUGUGGUGCUGUACCAUCUUUUCGAGGAGUACUCGGGUGUGGGCUCGGUGACGGUGAUAGACGGCGUGCUCGGCGUCAUCUCCUUCUUCGUGGUGGCGCUGGGCGGGGUCCUGGUGGGCGCCAUCUACGGCAUCCUGGCGGCGUUCACCUCACGCUUCACUUCGCACACGCGAGUCAUCGAGCCUCUCUUUGUCUUCGUGUACAGCUACAUGGCCUACUUGUCGGCCGAGAUGUUCCACCUGUCGGGCAUCAUGGCGUUGAUAGCGUGCGGCGCGGUGAUGCGGCCGUACGUGGAGGCCAACAUCUCCCACAAGUCGCACACCACCAUCAAGUACUUCCUGAAGAUGUGGAGCAGCGUGAGCGAGACGCUGAUCUUUAUCUUCCUGGGCGUGGCCACCGUGGACGGCCAGCACAACUGGAACUGGACCUUUGUCACUGUCACCGUUGUCCUGUGCCUGGUGGCGCGGGUCAUCGGCGUGGUGGGCCUGACUUACGUCAUCAACAAGUUCCGCAUCGUCAAACUGACCACCAAGGACCAGUUUAUCGUGGCCUACGGCGGCCUGCGCGGCGCCAUUGCCUUCUCCUUGGGCUUCCUGCUGGACAAGAGACACUUCCCUCUGAGGAACAUGUUCCUCACCGCCAUCAUCAUCGUCAUCUUCUUCACCGUCUUUGUGCAGGGCAUGACCAUCAAGCCUCUGGUGGAUCUGCUGGCCGUGAAGAAGAAACAAGAGGCGAAGCGCUCCAUCAAUGAGGAAAUCCACACUCAGUUCCUUGACCACCUCCUGACCGGCAUUGAAGACAUCUGUGGACAUUAUGGACAUCAUCACUGGAAGGACAAGCUGAACCGCUUUAACAAGAAGUAUGUGAAGAAGUGCCUGAUCGCGGGCGAGCGCUCCAAGGAGCCGCAGCUCAUCGCCUUCUACCACAAGCUGGAGAUGAAGCACGCCAUUGAGCUGGUGGAGAGCGGAGGCGGCGCCAAACUUUCCUCUGCCAUACCUUCCACCGUCUCCAUGCAAAACAUCCAGCCCAAGAAGCCGGCGCCCGCCAAGCCUGAGGAUCGCGUUCUGCCUAAGCUCUCGAAAAGUCGGGAGGAAGAGAUCCGCAAGAUUCUGCGGAGCAACCUUCAGAAGACGCGGCAGAGGCUGCGUUCCUACAACCGCCACACCCUGCUGGCUGAUCCCUAUGAGGACAACUUUGGCGAAUUCCUCCUCAAGAAGCAGAAGAUGAUGGCCCUGGAUAAGAAGAUCCAAGACAUGAAUAACUACCUGACGGUGCCCGCCGCUCCUCCCGACUCACCCACCCUGUGCAGAGCCAGACUGGCCUCAGGCAGAGAAACUGAUUUCAAUCCCACUCGGCAGCAGAAAGCGGACACUGUCGGUCCAGACCCUCAAGCCUACAGCAUGAAGCCAGCGUUGGACAGCGUUCCCACCAUCCAAGUGGACCUGGCCUCCCCGCAGUCGCCCGACUCAGUCAACAUCUUAGACGAGUUCCAGCGGUCCGAACAGGCGGCGGCGGCGGAGGAGGGCGAGGACGACGGCGGUCUGAUGAUGAAAGCGCCCACCAGACCCCACGAGCGCUGCAACGCGGGCGAAAUGGACGCCGGCACCAGAGAGAAGCUGUCGAGGUGCCUGAGUGACCCCGGGCCCCACGCGGAGGACGAAGACGAGGACGAACCCUUCCUGCCUUAAACAAAGUUCACGUUGGAGGAAGCUUGAAGGGAUGUGGACUUCAUUCGGGACCUCACCAGCAUUUCACCGCUGCGUUCGCUCUGUGUGCUUUUGAAUGAGUUGCCUUUUGAUUCAUGGAGUGUCUUUCAUGGACGUAUCAGCCGCUUGAGUACAUGCGACGAUCAAUCCGACGUCCGAGUGCGCUGUCAUAAUGCAUCCGAUGUGCUUUGCAUCUCAUGUUUACAUUGCUGCAGAGGCUUCAUUUCUUGUGUUGAAUUUGACCUCGGAUCCGUUGGGGAUGCUAUCCAACCGCUAGUUCCUUGUCCUCGGAAGCUUCCUUUCAUGGACAUCGACGUUCCAAUUUUCAACUGGAUCCCUGUCACGUCGUUUUAUCUCGAUGUUAUUUCAUUGUCUGUUUUAAUCCAAAUCUCACAACAUUAUUCUGGUACGAUUGCAGUUUUAUUCCUGUCAUUUAUUAUGUGUACCCCCCCCCCCCCAGCCUUUUUCUUUGAGACCAUGUGAAAAGAAACCAAAGCCAGGGGGAAGCAAGCUAAGUUCACGAGACCAUUCGGACCAGAGAAAGCCAAAUAUGUUGGAGUUGCCUCAUAUCUGACAAAUGUAUUUCGAGAAACGUAUGGUCGCUUUUCCAUGCAGUCUGACUUGACCCACCCAAAGACUUUGGACAUUUUUUGCUUUCCUCAAGUUACCUCGCAGCGCUCGCCACAAUGCGUCCUUUUGCUCCCGCUUGUACUGUUUAACAAUGCCACCAUGAGCACUUGGACGCCACAAAAAGAACCUUUAUCUCCAAACGAGCAAUAAGUCGCUUUCCUAUGUUCACUUCAUGACAGGUCGUAAAAUCCCAGAUGGCUUUAGCGGGAGCUCCCACACCACCACAUCUAGGACAGCUACUCUCGAGUCUUUUACGAUAUACCGUACUUCACUACUAAUCUUGAUCUUCAGAGGUUGCUUUGUCACCAUUUCCUGUGUGAAAGUUAUUUUUGAUAUACUUUAAUGGGAAAAUGUACAUAUACAAAGAUAUAUUGGAUGUAUCAGAAAUGUAUGAUGCAAAUGUGCUAUAUAUAUAUAUAUAUAAAAUUUAUAUAAUAUCAAUCUCAAGCAUGUACCUCCACGAUGAUUCGUCUCAAAGCUUUCAGCAUUCCAUUCCUAUAACAAAUCAUCAACAUCAACCAAACUCACGACCUAACAAAGUAUCUACCAAAAUAAAGGUUUACUUUCUAACCCUG